UUUUUUUUUUCUUUUUCCUUUUCUCUUUCUUUUCCUUUUUUAUUUUUUUAUUUUUUCAGUUCGUCUGUUUCUAUGGGUGCUACUGAUAGCAAGUUGGCCUUUAGGAAAAGUGUCUUCCGUCUUUUUGAAGAAAGGAACAUUGCUUGGGAUGUAGACGACUUUUGGUCAUUAUUUUGGACACUUCCGGAUUCAGUCAACGAUAUAUUUUCUUUAGUAGGAGCAAGCGAUAUACGACGUGCUAGAGACUCUGCUCGAGAGAAUGUAGAAACUUUGAUAGACAAGAUAUUACAACAAAUGGACACUUGUGUACACGACUUUAACUCACCAUCUCCACAAGUUUCAACUCAAUAUCUUCUGAAUUGUUGCCGCGUAUUGACCCGAAUCUUACCCUUUCUAUUUGAACAAGGUGAUGACGAUUGGCAACGUACGUUUUUUUGGACCAGACAACGCCUUAAUAAGGAAACUCGACAACAAGAGCAUGAUCAGUCUGGCGAUGAAGAUCAACCUCUAUUACCAUCACGUGGUGACGUCUUAUUAUCAUUGACAUUGCGUAGUUUAUUUCUUGCAGGAUUUACAUUACCACCGGCAGUGAAAAAGGAAGACACAAAUGUGAACUAUGUGAUAUGGGAAACUGGGAUUGGUUGCUCAACACCAAUUGGAUCCUUCCGUGACAAUGAAGCUCAUCGUACUGAAGUGUUACGUCUCCUAUUGGUUCUUUUAUCACCCUCUAUUUAUGAUCCUGCAGCUCUUUAUCUUCGGCGCAAAACAAGUACUCAUGUUGAUGCUGGUUGUGAUCGUUGGAUCCAUUCUUUGGUUACUACCUCGGAAAAGAAAAUCGUUCUGGCGUUACUUUGUAGUUUGAUCAAUACUGCAAGUAAUUAUAAUCCAUCUCCUUGGGGUCGCGCUGCUCCUUCUGUAGUUGUUUUCAAUGAUACCCGUGAACAUUUGGUUGUACUUUGUCUUCGUGUACUGUUACUCUUAUUAGAUACUUAUUCACCAGCAUCCAUGGCUCACUUAUUGGAACAACAACAUAGUGAUUACAAUAAUGACGAUGGUGAUGAUUAUACAAUUGUGGAAAAAGAAUGGAUGUUGGCGGCCGAAGGAAAUAAAUUCACCUAUUAUCUUUCCAAAUUACAUCGGGCUCAGGAUUUUCAAUUCUUGAUUGAUGGCUUUUAUCGAACUCUAAGUCAUCCUAUGCAAGGUCUCAACACUUAUUUACCUGGCAAACGAACAAGAUGUUAUUUUGAAAUGAUCAUGUUAUGUUGGAAACUCUUACAAAUUAACACACGAUUUCGAAGUUAUUUGAUGGAAACGGAAAGAGCAUUGGAUUUGACACUUGUUUUGAUAUAUCACGCAACGGAAAACAAAUUGGAAACAUCACAAUUAGGAUUGGUGCGUAUGUGUGUCUAUGUUUUACAAACUCUUAGUACAGAUCGAAGAUUUGGUAGCAAACUCAACAAACCAUUUCAAGGUUAUGCCUCUUUACCGUCCAAUAUCCGACCUUCUUCUGAUGCAUCCUUUGCUGGUUCAUCCUAUGCUGAUUUCUUAAUCUUGUCCAUUUACAACAUGAUUGCAACAUCGCGCGGUCAUCUAUCCAUCUUGUAUCCAUCUUUGAUCAUCACAUUAACCAAUUUGUCGCCUUAUCUUAAGCAUAUCUCACCGUCUGCUGCCAACAAAUGGGUUGCUCUCUUUGGAUCUUUUGCCGCACCUGGGUUUUUAUUGGCUGAUGAAACAAAUCCCUGUUUGGUUCAAUAUUUUUUAGAAGGUUUUUAUAAUAUUCUUCGACAUCAAUCUUCAGAAAAUGGUCCUUUAAUAUGUAGUAUGGUACGGAAUCAUAUCAAGUUUGAACGAUUACGAGAUCUGGAUUUGGAUCAAGCAAUGCAAGAACUGGCUCAGAAACAAAACAAUGUUAAACAACCACGACCUAGUGCACCUACGUCUCGUACAUCCUCAUCAGCAUCCUUAUCAUCUAUACAUCCAACCAACCAUGAUCAAGUCCAACAAGAUGAUAAUGAAGGUACUUCAGAAAAAGCGCUAGGUAAACGACGAGAAGAAAAUCAACGCAUACCACCACAACGACAAACCAGUUCUUCCUCGACAUUAUCAUUAUCAUCUUCUCAUCAUGCCAAACAUGGAUUCAUCCCCACACAAGAAUGGAUGUUGUUUUGGAAAAAACGAUGGGAUGCGCUGGAGCCUCUUUUGGAUAUGAUGGACAAGGUACUUCCUGUGAUACAAAAACUAGGUGAACGACAAGCUUUGGAUACGUUACGGACAAUGGAUUUAUCAAUGAACAGAAAGGAAAUAACAAGUCUAUUACGAGCAGUGCCAUGGUCUGAACCAGUGAUUGUUAGUUGUAAAAGUGCAUUAUGGGCUCAUAUUUAUUUAUCGACUGCUCCUGCUAUCUCUCCUUGGCAAGGCACUCAAAUUCGAUUAUUCCAUAUUAAAUUAUCUUCCACUACUUCUACCGAUUGAUAUAUAUAUAUAUUGAAUAAAAUCUUCUAUUUUCAAAAAUCUA